AUGCACCAUGCCUUGAAGGUUGAAACAUUGCCCUAUACGGCCAUUAGUCAACCGCUUCCUCGCCCCCCUUCCUCGCCCUCCAAACGCCCACCUGCAUCUGCAUCUGCAUCUCAUGUCGAGGCUAGUGCAGCCCUUGCAAUGAACACGGAUUCUGGAUUUUCUGAUCCUCUCGUCACGGAUACCCCGUUACCGUUCCGCGACCUGUGCGCCAGGAUACAUGACCGCAUAGCCGCAUUUCUGGACGCGAGCGAUGUCUCCGAGCGCGUCAAGAAUGUGCAACAACAGACACUGGUCUCCUUGGAGGUGAUAGAUCAGGCCUUGGAGCAGUAUAGUCUGCCACAGCUCUCCUUGGCAUACAACGGGGGGAAAGACUGUCUAGUACUCCUCAUCCUCUACCUUUGCGCUUUACAUAAACGCGGACUAACCAAUACCCUCGAUCCCUCGUCCAACAUCGAGACCGCCGUACAAUGCGUCUACAUACAGGACGCCUACCCAUUCCAGGAAGUCGAGGAGUUUGUCGCCAAAAGUAUCAAGAUAUACUCUCUGGCCUUGCUUGAAUACGCCAAGCCAAUGAAAGAGGCUUUUGCAGAUUAUCUCAGAGAUACGCCUUCUGUAAAAGCAAUCCUCGUGGGCACACGUCGGACAGACCCACAUGGUAAACACUUGAAGCAUUUCGACCCAACCGACAACAACUGGCCGCAGUUCGUCCGAGUACAUCCUGUCAUAGACUGGCACUAUGUAGAUAUAUGGACAUUUAUUCGAUACCUCAACAUACCCUAUUGUCCAUUAUACGACAUGGGGUACACCUCUCUAGGCGGCAUCACCGACACAAAACCAAACCCAGUGCUGGCACGCCAGCCAUCAACGCAACAUGUGCCUACGAUUGGCAAUGCAAAUGACAACACCCAUGGCACCCCCAAACCCAAGUUCAGACCAGCCUACGAGCUGGUAGAUGACUUCGAAGAGCGCUUAGGAAGGGAUAGAUAG